AUGGCGCCAGAUAGCGCCAGAUAUGCUAAGGAAGCUGAAUUUUUGAGACUGCAACAAGAAAUUAUGUUAGUACAAGAGUAUGUGGUCAAGUUUGAACACUUGGCUAGGUACUAUUCUCAAGCUAUCUCUGAAGCAUGGAGAUGCAGGAAGUUCAGUGAGGGUUUCAGGUAUGAGCUGAAAAAGACUAUUGUUCCUAUGGGGAUUGUGGAGUUCCCAGUUUUAGUUGAAAAGGCAAAAACAGUUGAGAGAUUUGAAGGAGGAAAUAGAGUGGCAAAAGGUACAAAGGGAUCAACUGGAUUUGGGAGGGGGAAACAUCCUCAAAAGAGACCAUCUCAGUUUCAAAUUGGAAAUGCUAAUAAGAAAUCAAUAGGGACUACUACUACAGGAGCUGUUCAGAGUGUUAGAUGUUACACAUGUGGAGGCCCACAUAUGAUGAGGGACUGUCCUACAAAGAACUAUGUGUGUUUUAAAUGUGGUAAGGUGGGUCACAUGGCUAAAGAUUGCAAUGUCAGAAAUACUCCAGCUAGAGAGAACCAGAAAGUGGAUCGGCCUACUACAGCAGGUCAUGUUUUUGCUUUGACAGGUGCUGAAGCUGAAACGUCAUCUGAGCUGGUAAAGGGAAAGGGCAAAGCUGAUGGUAAUGAUAUUUCUAUUCUAUUUGAUUCUGGUGCAUCACAUUCUUUUAUUUCUUAUGAAUGCGUGGCAAGGUUAAAUUUGGUUGUGAGUUCCUUGUGUGUGGAUCUAGUUGUUUCUACCCCAGCUUCAGGGUCUGUUUUGACUUCUGAGGGAUGGAUUGGCUUUCUGCCAAUAGGAUUUUGA